UCAAUUUACCGUUCCAGUUUGUCUGGUUUCAGAUCAAAAGCUACCAUGUCUGGAUAAAGUUUUGAGUUGACGAAAGUUUGCAUAUUUAUUGGACUCGGACCAACAACAGAUGGGAAAUGGGAACUUCCCGUAAGCUCAUAUCUUCUACAAAUCCGAUUCUUCACCUUCGCCACCGGACAGUGGAGUCUUUCAUAUGGAACAACAUCAUACGCGCCCAAGUCCAAAAUGUCACGCCGGCGCGACCAUAUUCUCCGGUCUCCAUCUAUCUCCGCAUGCGCCGCCAUGGCGUCAUUCCCGACUUCCAUACCUUCCCCUUCCUCCUCCAGUUUUUCGACAAUCCUGUUCAUCAUCGUAUCGGGCAACAAUCCCAUGUUCAUAUCCUUCUUUUUGGCUUUGAUGAGGACCCGUUUGUCCAGACUUCGCUUAUCAACAUGUAUUCGUCUUGCGGCGAUUUGGGUUCUGCUCGUCAAGUUUUCAAUGAGUCGGUCUCUCCGGAUCUACCGGCAUGGAACUCGGUUGUCGAUGCCUAUUCGAGAGCCGGGUUGAUCGACGUCGCGCGGGAACUGUUCGACGAAAUGCCUAAGAGAAACGUGAUUUCUUGGAGCUGCAUGGUAAACGGGUACGUGAUGUCUGGGAAAUACAAAGAAGCGCUCGAUCUGUUCCGAGAGAUGCAGUUGCCGAGAGCCGACGGAAGUUUUGUCAGACCCAACGAAUUCACCAUGGCGACUGUCUUGUUGGCUUGUGGGCGAUUGGGUGCGCUCGAGCAAGGGAAAUGGAUUCACGCUUACAUCGAUAGGUCCGCUAUGGAAGUCGACCUUGUUUUAGCCACAGCUCUCAUUGACAUGUACGCGAAAUGCGGGAGCAUCGAAAGGGCGAAAUGGGUUUUCAAUGCCAUGGGACGGAAGAAAGACGUCAAAGCUUACAGUGCCAUGAUUUCGGGCUUAGCCAUGCACGGCCACACAAAAGAAUGUUUCGAUUUGUUCUCAGAAAUGAUCAGUAACGAAAUAAACCCAAAUGCGGUGACAUUCAUGGGAGUUCUUGGAGCUUGCGUCCAUGGAGGUCUGGUUAAAGAAGGAAAACUGUACUUUGCAAUGAUGAACGAGAAGUUUGGUAUUACUCCAUCAAUCCAGCAUUACGGAUGCAUGGUUGAUCUUUAUGGAAGAGCUGGUUUGAUCCAAGAAGCAAAGAGCUUCAUCGGGUCUAUGCCUAUGGAGCCUGAUGUACUCAUAUGGGGAUCUCUUUUAAGUGGAUCCAGAGUUAUUGGAGACAUUGAAACGUGUGAAAUGGCACUCAAGAACCUGAUCGAGCUUGACCCAUCGAACAGCGGAGCCUACGUUCUUCUCUCUAAUGUCUAUGCGAAAACUGGGCGGUGGAGUGAAGUGAAGUGUAUCAGAGACGAAAUGGAGGCGAAAGGGAUCAAGAAACUUCCGGGAUGCAGCUCGGUAGAACUGGAUGGAAUCAUUCACGAGUUCAUGGCGGGGGACAAGUCUCAUGAAGAGAGCGAAGGGAUAUACGCAAUGCACGAGGAGAUAAUGAAGAGGCUGAGAAUGGAGGAGGGAUAUGUUUCAGACACGAAGGAGGUUCUGCUCGAUCUGGACGAGGAAGGCAAAGAGAUGGCACUGUCUGUCCACAGCGAGAAACUGGCGGUGUCGUUCUGUUUGCUGAAGACAAAGGCCGGAACUCCUGUCAGGAUCAUCAAGAAUCUCAGGAUCUGUGGCGAUUGCCAUGUCGUUAUGAAGAUGAUCUCCAAAGUUUUUGGAAGAGAGAUUGUCGUUAGAGAUUGUAACAGGUUUCACCGUUUCAGUGACGGGAAAUGCUCCUGUGGAGACUAUUGGUGAAACAUUUCUUUGACGAGACCAAAUAAAAAAAAAUACAUUGAUUUUGUGAAUGGAUUGCUUGUUUCGAGUCA